UUAGGGUUCCGACGCUACCACUCAGAAGAUAUCGGUGCCACUGCACUGUAGAUCCACUGAACACGCUUGCUGUUUCUUUUGACUGUUCUUCCACGAUAAAUUGCGUUUCCCUUGCUCAGUGUGUCACAGUGGACACACGCUAUGCGGCGUGCAUCGCCACAAGCCACAAGCGACGGACCGAUGCGCGGCUCUACAUGUCUGCCUCGAGAGAUUUGUAUGGCAUUUGCCAAGUGGUCGCUCUUGGUACGGCGCAGGAGUCCACCGGAACGCCAGUCGAAGACAAAGGAUUCCACAUUCGACCGUAGCACACAUUUUCGAGUGGCUUCCGAGUCCGGAAUGCUCGACAGACGCCGUACGCGUUUGCCCUACCCCGUCGGGUAUGCAUGCAUGCCGCCAAUGAUUUCCGAAACUGGCGACGGGACGUUUUUCCGUGCUGCUGUCUAGUAUGUUUUCCCUUUGCAGGCAAAUUGGAGGUUCAUUUCUGCGCGUUUGUCUUGCUUUUCGCGAAGUGGAACGCUUCGAACUGUCGCAGCAAAAACCGCUGAAGCAGUCCCCCGCGGUCACAGCCUUUGAUUCAGCGGCAGCUCUCCACACGCCAAUUCUGGGAGUUUUGUGCUGCAGCCUGCUCAGUAUCCGGUUGGCGCUAUUCAGUGUAACUUCUUGGUUUCUUCUUCAUCUUCGCUUCCGCAGCAUUUUUCUCCGCGACGCUUGCAAAGGUCGCAAUGACCCUUUGGCUGCGGUGAAAGAUUCCGAACCACGUGGAGGGGUCCACUCCAUCAACAAAUACCCGCUCUCGGUUUCUUUUCCCCGUUGUUCCUCUCUGCACAAAGAUUAUAUGCUUUCUGUCUGUUUUUUUGUACCGUUUUCCGAAGCUGUCUGUUCUCCGGAGCUGCAGACUCUUCUCAACUCCGUAGGCGCCGUUUUUUCACCGAGGUAGAGCCUCACUUUCGGCGGCGAUGCGGCAGAAAGACAUUGCCGCUGCUGUCCCGGCCAUGUAGUCUGGGGGCAGACCACAGGCGCUCUUGUUCUCUACGCAUGUUCUGCCGUCAAUACUUCACAUGUUUCGCAGCUCUUGUCUGAACGCCUUCGAUUUUCUCUGAGGCAGCUUCCUCGCGGCAGAUCCUCCUUUUUCGCCCCGUAAACUGCCAAGUUCUUCCCUCUGAAAAACGUUCACCGUCUUUGUCGGUUGACUUUCGCGCAAAAGUGCCAGGCGGCGCUGUCUCGUUCGAUCCUUUUGUGUACAUCUCGUCCUUUCGAAUUCAUCCACAGCUCAAUCGCGUCGCACCAGUCACUCUCUGCAUGUGGCUCUGCCGUUCCGGUAGGUCCCUCCGCGCUCCCUCUCUCCGUCUUUGCUGUGUCGUCUUUCUCUUGCAUUUCCUGCAUUUUCAGAGUUCCGUGUGGAUCGCUCUGCCUCCAGUCUUUUCGCCUGGCGAAAUCAUUUCGCUUCCUCAGCUGUCAGAAGACAACCCCUUCCUCCUCUGGCUACAAGAUGAGCGCGGCCGUCUUGCCGCCGCCGGUGGCCCCCGGCGAUUCGAACGCAGGCGUGGGUGACCCUAAGGCGUCUGGGAGUGCAGUGAAUCCUUCGUCGAUUGUGUUUCCGCCGCCGGAUCUUCGCGGAAUCAUCGAGAAGACGGCGCAAUUUGUGGCGAAGAACGGCGUGGAGUUCGAACAGCGUGUGCGGCGCGAGCAGAACAACCAGCGCUUCGCGUUUCUCUUUCCGAACAAUCCGUACAAUGCGUACUACCAGCUGAAGGUGCGUGAGUUCCAGACUGGCGAGGAGGCGCCGCGACCGCAGGUCCCGCAGGCGAUUCUGGACAUGCGCAAGAAGGAGGAGGAAGAGAGGAAGAAGAAGGAACGCGUCCUGAUGCUCACGCAGUACGGCGAAGAGGCGAAGAAGAAGAUCGAGCCGCCUGCGCCGGACGUCUACUCGGUGACGCAACCGUACAUUGCGCUGAUCGACGUAGACAUCAUCCAGACGACGGCGCAGUUCGUGGCGCGGAACGGCCAGCGCUUCCUCUCCGGACUCGCGCAACGCGAGCGACAGAACCCCCAGUUCGAGUUUCUCAAGCCGACGCAUGCGCUCUUCCAGUACUUCACGAACCUUGUGGACGCGUACACCAAGUGUCUGCUGCCGCCGUCGGAGCAGAUGGAGAAGAUCAGCGACAUCGCCGGUUCGACGCAGAAGACUCUCAGUCGCUGCGUGAAACGCUACGCCUGGGAAGCGGAUCAGGAGAAGAAGCGCAAGGAAAAGGAGGCGAAACAGGCCGAGGAGCGCGUCCAGAUGCAGGCCAUCGACUGGCACGACUUCUUCAUCGUGGAGACGAUCGACUUCACCGAGGAAGACGACAUGCUCCCGCUCGCAGCUCCCAUGGACUUUUCUGCGACCGCCAAGCGCGCGCCGCCGCCUGCGGCUCUCGCUGCUCUCGAUGGCGAGGAGCCGAAGCCAGACACGACGAUUGCUGCUCUCAUUCGCGAGGCUGCAGACGCAGUCGAAGGCGUCGAGGAAGAGGAAAUGGAAACGGAAGACGCAACGCAGGCCGCUGCCCCCGCCGCCCCGGAGGAGGAGUCCGUCGCGCCGGCUGCGGCUGCCGAGCAAGCGCGGGAGGAAACCGAGAAGGAGAGGGUGGCCGACGAGGAAGAACGAGAGGAGUCCGAGGAAGAGGAAGAAUUACAACCGCAGCCGACUGGGACUGCCGUUCCGAAGAAAUCGAUUCGAGUCGUCAAGGACUACAUCCGACAGCCUCGCAAGCGCGCGGGAGCCGCGGCUGCAGAGGCGACUCAACAAGGCUUGCAGAGAUGCCCCAUCACUGGCCAGUUGGUGCCUGCGGACCAGAUGUCGAAUCACCUUCGCGUUCUUCUUCUCGAUCCCAAGUGGAAGGAACAAAAGGAGCGCUUUCUGGAGAAGGCCAAGGCGGAAUCUGCUUUCGCGCCCAUGGAGGACGUCGAAGGCAACUUGGCCCUCUUUGUCUCCAAACGUCCCGAUCUCUUUGGAUCGGUCGACGAACAGGUGGUCGUCGAAGACACGACGGUGCAAGGAAGUACACCUGGAGUUUCAGUCGCGUCGGAGGCGCCGGCGUCCGUCGGACCUGCCGCACCGCCUCCCGCUGGUGCCCAAGCAGCCGGUGGCCGGAAGGCCCCGUCCCCUCCGGUCGCCCCGGCGCCGCCGGCGAAGCGGCCGCGCGCGGAGACGCCGGCUGCGGGGACAGGCGUUGUGCUUCUCACGCUUGUGUGCGUGGGUGGCAAUGGCUUGGAAGACCAAGAAAUCCAAGUAGAAGUGGAGGAGAAACUCUCAGUGCGGGGCCUGAAAGAGUCGCUCGUCGAGGCCGGGAUUGGCUCCGAUUUGACGGUGGAGAAACUGACUCUGAAGUCCGGCGCGACGGGAGCCGUCAUGAUGGAUCGACGAACGCUGGAUGCGUAUCAGCUCGGAAAGCCAGGCGCGAAAGUUAUUGUCUCCGCGUCGCCGUAAAGAAAGGGAUGGCGGUGAAUGCGUGGACGCCAGUCGUUUUCUGUGUGAUUUGCGACCAAGACAAGAAGACGUGGAUUCCAUAGCGGAAGCUAUUUUUGAAGUCUUUCCCGUGGUUUGCGCUUCUGCACAUCUUCUUCUCCUUCCUCUGAGACUUCAACUUUGGUUCUUGCGAGGCCGUCUCUUGCGGCGACUUCUGGCCCCCACCCCCCUGGAUGCUGUUCCGUGCUCAGAUCACGUUGAAUCCGACUUGACGUUUCUGUGAAAGUUUGUGAACUCUGCAUUGUAGCGUGUGUGUCGACCUCUUGAAGUGGGACUGCAACCCGUGACCGGUUGCAUACAGUUCCGCCACAAUCAAACAAGCUGGAAAGGGAGUUCUCUCCACGUGGCUACACACCGGACUGGCGCUCCUUUCCUUAGUCCCUGACCCUCUGGCCUGUCGCC